UCGUACCCUUAAACGGACCAUUUCGCGUACGUCCAUGUGUUGUAGGUUAUGUCUGUUACUAUUUACCGCCAAAACGCGAAAUACACAUCCAGAUUUAUAUCAAAAUAUAAAAUAAGGGCAAGCUCGAUCGAAUUAUUAAAAUGGAAGAAAGUGCAGAUGAACCUAGAGCAAAGCGACAAAAGAAGAGUAGACCGGGAAGGCUCGCCGCAUUUGAGAAGUUAAAACAGUUGAAGGGCUCAAAGAACAAGUACGAAGUGUCUGAUGUUGAUCAUGUGUACGAAAUAGUCGAUGAAAGGGAGUAUACUAAAAAAGUGUUAGAUCGGCAGGACGAUGAUUGGAUUGUUGAUGAUGAUGGUAGUGGUUACAUUGAGGACGGCCGAGACAUAUUUGAUGAUGAUCUGGAUGCGGAGUCUCUUGCAAAUGCGGCAUCGUCAAAAAAGGGGAAAAAUCGCAAGAAGACUAAGGGCAUCUCCGAAAACGCCGGCAAGGGAAAUUUGCAGUAUCUCAUCUCCAACAUGCCAUCCAAAAGAAAAGAGGAAGUGAAGUUGGGCGACGAUAACGUCUUGUCCGAUUUACUGGCCGAAAUUGACGAUAACACACCGGGCAGAUCGCUUUCCGAAAAAAUAAUUAAGCCCAAGUCUGUUGCGAAAUUCUCAUUGUCUGCCGAUAAGAAAGCGGCAAAGGAUUACUUGAAUAGCUUCUCGUUGCCUAAAUUAUCAAAACCGAAAGUUACGCCUAUACUGCAGCCCGAAGUGCAGCCGGAGGGGGAAGAAAAUGAAAUUGUCGAAUCCAUGGAUAUUGUCGACGAUUCACAACCGGAACCACCAAAACCGACUCAAUUAUCGAAGGUGGACUCGUUCACAAUAGAAGACAUACAGUCGCAGUUUGAAGACGACUUUGAUGUGAGUGAAAUACAGGAUGUGUCACAAGAUAUUACGGUGGUAGAGCCGAGGACCAAUGUCACCGAAGAGCAGCUAUCUACCGGAUGGGAUACAUUGCAGGAGGGAACGUCGAAUAUUCCUCAAAGCGAUGUUCACGUCGAUUGUUCCCAAAUACCUACCGUGAAGGACAGUGCGGGUAAUCCAGUCUUUCGUUUCUUUUGGUGGGACGCGUACGAGAACGUCACAAAGCGUCCAGGCGAAAUAUUUCUCUUUGGCAAGACCUAUUGCGAUGCGGUAAAAUCGUACGUCAGCUGUUGCGUGGUGGUACAAAAUGUCGAAAGGAAAAUAUACCUACUACCUCGAACUCACGUUUUGGAUCUGCACAGGCGGCCGACCGACACUCCCGUGUCUAUGAUUGACGUUUACCACGAAUUUAAUAAUAACUACGCGCCCCGACUGUGUUUAAAGUCGUUCAAGUCCAGGAAGGUUACAAAGUACUACUGUUUUGAUCCUAAUAUACCGACCGAGUCUGAGUAUUUGGAAAUUCGAUACUCUGGAAAAAAUCCUCGCGUUGACGCAGAUAUUUGCAAGGAUGGCGGUAAAACAUUCUCGUGCGUUUUUGGAAGUCGAAGCAGCUUUCUUGAAAUUUUCCUACUGGAACGCAGGAUAAAAGGUCCAUGCUGGCUUGACAUAGUCAACCCCGAACCCGUGCAUAACCCCGUCAGUUAUUGCAAAUUCGAAAUACACUGCUCGAAACCGAUCGACGUUUCAAUAGUUCAAGACCCGCCGCCGCCUCCGUCUCUCGUAGCCCUUACCAUCAACAUGCAAACGGUCGUCAACUCGACAAAUAUGCAAAACGAAAUCGUGAUGAUGUCAUUUUUGGUGCACUCGAAAUACGCCGUCGACAAAAAGCCACCAAAUCCGUUGUUUCAGCAACACUUCUGCGUUUUCACUCGACCCGGAGAUCAAAAUUUUCCUUACGACAUUCACAAUGCCCUCCAGACGUUCAAAGCAACCAAAGUUCAAAAGAUGGAUUCGGAACGCGCGUUGCUCAACUAUUUUCUUCUACAAGUUCAGAAGAUCGACCCCGACGUCGUCGUCGGCCACGACUUGCUCGACUACCAAAUCGGACUGUUAUGUGAACGGCUGCUGCAUUGCAAAACUAGCAAUAUAAGCCGAUUGAGCAAGGUCAAACGUGCAGACGUGCCCAAUAAGCGUCUCCUAGAGAAAGAUCUCUUUGUCGGUCGGCUUGUCUGCGACAUUAAGCUUUCCUCGAAGGAGCUAAUCAAAUCGAGAUCGUACGAUUUGGGCACUUUGUGUCAGAACGUGCUGAAAUUGGGGCAAGGGGAGCGUAUUGAAAUGGAAAGCGACGAAGUGCCGAGAUUUUUUCAAACUUCUACCGACAUUCUCAAGUUAAUUACGUUCACGAUGCAGGAUGCCGCGUACAUUUUGAAAAUAAUGUACGAGUUAAACGUCAUUCCUUUAGCCCUGCAAAUCACCAACAUUGCCGGAAAUGUAAUGUCGAGAACUCUACUGGGCGGCAGAUCGGAGCGAAAUGAACUUUUGCUUUUGCACGCGUUCUCGGAAAGGGAUUACAUCGUUCCUGAGAAGAACACCUUUAAAGAUUUAGAUGAUGGGGAGACGAAAAGGAACGCAUCUUCGAAGAAGAAACCCGCAUAUUCGGGUGGCCUCGUGUUAGAUCCGAAAGUGGGCUUUUAUGAUAAAUUGGUUCUGUUAAUGGAUUUCAACUCUUUGUAUCCGAGCAUUAUUCAAGAGUAUAAUAUUUGUUUUACUACGAUUUCUAGUACGGACAGCGAAGAAGAUAUCUCCCUUCCUGAUCAACAGUUACCUCCAGGAAUUUUACCAACCGAAAUUCGCAAGCUGGUCGAGAGCAGACGGUACGUCAAAAAACUAAUGAACAACCCGGAUCUCGCGCCGGACUUAAAAAUGCAAUACAACAUUCGACAGAUGGCGUUAAAGCUAACGGCGAACAGCAUGUACGGAUGCCUAGGUUUUGUGCAUUCUCGUUUCUAUGCGAAAAAUUUGGCAGCGCUCGUCACUUUUAAGGGGCGCGAAAUUUUAACAAACACGAAGGAUCUCGUCGAAAAAAUGCUCUAUCAAGUAAUCUAUGGCGACACUGAUAGUAUUAUGAUUAACACGAACACGUUGGAGUACGAUGACGUAUUUAAAAUUGGCGUGAGGAUUAAGCAGGAGGUGAAUAAGUUGUAUAAGCAGAUCGAGCUGGAUAUCGACGGGGUCUUUAAGUAUUUGCUGUUGUUGAAGAAGAAAAAGUACGCUGCCGUUGUAAUUUCCAAAGACAGAAAUCAUCAAUUGCAGUACCACCAAGAGCACAAAGGUUUGGAUAUAGUCCGACGUGAUUGGUCGCAACUGGCGGCGACCGCCGGCAAAGUUACCUUAGACAACAUACUAAAUGAUCAACCGUACGAAGACCGCAUCGAGAAUAUUCACGCGCAUCUGGCGAAGUUGAAGGAAGAUUUGGAUCAAAACAAAGUCCCACUGUCUCUACUUGUAAUCACCAAGCAGUUGACGAAGGAUCCACGUUUGUACAACAAUCACACGCAGUUUCCUCACGUUCAGGUGGCAUUGCGUUACAAUAAGCGGGGCGGUCGUGUUUUCAAAGCGGGCGAUAUAGUUUCGUACAUCAUAUGCGAAGACGGUACUAACUUACCUGCAACCCAAAGGGCCUAUCAUAUUGAAGAACUAAAAAAUUCGGAACACUUAAAAAUCGACAUAAAGUACUAUCUUGGGCAACAAAUACAUCCGGUAGUGUCAAGACUGUGCGAACCGCUCGAGGGUACCGAUCCGUACCAAAUCGCCAACUGUUUAGGUUUAGACACCACUAACUUUAAAAAGCCAGUAAGAAGCACUACCGAACCUACGGAUAACUUGGCAAAAACACGCAACCUGUUUACUAACGUUGAUCCAUUCGUGUUCAUAUGUACAUCUUGCAAGACGGAAAAUAAGGUAACCGGAGUGUUUGACGGAAAUGUUCCAUUUUUAACUAAAUGUGCCAAUCCGGAAUGUGGUAUCCGUCCGAUCGACUAUUUAGGCUCGGUUAGUAACCAACUGACACUCUCAAUUCGAGGGUAUAUAAAACAGUAUUAUCGCAAUCAGUUGACCUGCGAAGAUCCCGCUUGCGUUAACGAAACAACGCGGGUGCCCCUUAAGUUUGUUGGCAAAUAUCCGAUAUGUACAUUUUGUAAAAAAGGAAUCAUGUACCAAAAGUACACAGAGGGCGACUUAUACAAUCAACUUCGAUAUUUUCAGCACAUUUUUGAUCUAAGUAAGCUGGACAAACGUCCAAUUUUAGAUGGAACGAUUGAAAGUGGAAUUCAUAACCUUAAAGAAACGGUGGAAAGAGUGUUGCAGCAUUCCGGCUAUGCCACCAUUAAUCUUACCAAAUUAUUCUCAUCAUUAUUUGUUCAAAACCGUGAUUCUAUUAUAUUGCCUAGCGUUGAAAAUCAUACCAUCGAUGAGUAUGAAGAGGAUUUUGACGACUUUUAGCACUUGUAUUAUUGUUUUUAGUAGGUUU